AUGGGUCGUCCAGUCUUGCAGCACUCAGUCACUGGCAAUCAUGUUCUCAUGGGGGCGCCAGUCCUUACCUCUGCAGCUGUGAUGUUGAUAAAACUUGGCCUUUGGAUCGAUUUGACAAAUACAAUAAGAUUUUAUAACAAGAAACAAAUUGAAGCAGAAGGCUGCAAGUAUAUUAAACUGAAGUGUCGAGGACAUGGAGAAACUCCAUCUCAAGAGGUGGUGAAUUCAUUCUUUUUGAUUUGUGAUGAGUUCAUGAGAGAAAAUCCAUUAGAGAUAAUAGGAAUCCACUGCACACAUGGUUUUAACAGGACAGGUUUCCUUAUAGUAUCUUAUCUGGUACAACAGAUGGACUGUAGUUUGGAAGCAGCUCUCAAUCAGUUUGCCGUUGUUCGCCCACCAGGAAUCUAUAAACGUGAUUACUUGCAAGAACUGUAUCGAAGGUAUGGUGAUAAUGAUAUAAAUGAAGUGCCACCCCCACCUGAGUUGCCAGAUUGGUGUAAAGAAUAUGAUGACAGCAAUGGAGAGGACAGUAAUGAUGAGGAUGGCAGUAACACUAGUGACACUGCUGGAGUUCCUGGCGGAAGCAGUGGACGGCGGCGAAGACGGGAAAUCCAAAACUUAAAUCCAACUUUCAUGGAGGGUGUGUCUGGUGUAACUCCUGUCACUGCACAACCAAAGCUGCAGAAUAUACAACGGAAAGUCCAGGCCUUCUGUGGUUGGCAGAGCACUGGUUUUCCUGGCUGCCAGCCUGUAUCAAUGGACACACACAAUAUCAAGUUACUGAGUGAGAAACCAUACAGAGUUUCUUGGAAAGCUGAUGGCACAAGAUAUAUGAUGCUGAUUCUGCAAGAGCAUGAAAUAUACUUCAUUGACCGAGAUAACUGUGCUUUCCAAGUAUCUGGAUUGAAGUUUCCACACAGAAAGGACCUCAACAGACAUUUAGUCAACACUCUUCUGGACGGGGAAAUGGUUAUAGAUAAAGUGAAUGGGCAAGACAUUCCUCGAUACUUGGCCUAUGAUAUUAUCAAAUUUGAUGGUUGUGAUGUUGGUAGAUCUGCAUUUUAUCCUGUAAGGCUUGGGUGUAUUGAGAAAGAAAUUGUUCAGCCAAGACAUCAAGCCAUGAAGGAGGGUCGUAUUGACAAGUCGUCUGAACCAUUCAGUGUACGUUUGAAGCAGUUCUGGGAUAUUACACAGGCUGGUAGCUUGCUGAGUGACAAAUUUAGCAAAAUGCUGUCUCAUGAACCUGAUGGCCUCAUCUUCCAACCUUCCAAGGAUCCAUACGUCGCAGGUCGUUGUUCCGAGGUUCUGAAAUGGAAGCCUCGUAGUCAUAACUCUGUUGAUUUCCAGUUGAAGAUAGGCACAGAAGAAGGGCCCGGUAUUCUAAAAAGCACAGUUGGAUACUUGUAUGUGGGUGGAAUGGAUGUCCCCUUUGCCAAGAUGAAGGUGAAUAAGACCCUUAAAGAGCUUCACAACAAAAUAGUUGAAUGCAGGUUCCAAGACAAUCACUGGGUCUUCAUGAGAGAAAGGACUGACAAAUCGUUUCCUAACAGCUACAGCACAGCUGAAGCUGUGUGGAACUGUAUUCGUGACCCAGUUACUACAGAUAGACUGCUGGAAUAUAUAGAGCAGCAGAGGUGGACUCAGAAUGAACAAGAUUCAAUGCCACCACCUGCUAAGGUCCCCCGAAGAUGAACACCAUUGUACCAAGAACCAAGAACUGCAACAGUCAGUGCUGAAAUUUCAUUCUUUUGGAUAUAAAGGUAUUAAAUACAUGAGUGGACUAUGGUCUACAAAUUAUGGCACUUCUUUGUGUAUAGUACUGCCUGCAAAUGAGUGAAUAUGGACUAAGCAGCAGAACUGUAAUUAUGAAAUGGAAGAAAGAAGAAAGCAUCGGCAAAUGUACCCCUUUCUAAUACUGUCAUAUACUUAGAGCUGCUCUGAAUUUCCUCCAUACUGGUUUCUGUAAAAAUGAAGAAAUGCAAAGAAGGAAGACAAAAAAAAUUAAAAGAGCUGAGAGUUCUGUUACAGCACUUACAUGGUGGAUACUGACAACAUUGGGCCAACUCAAAUUAAGAACUGCUGUCUCCCUGACCACUGAAGUAUGAGUAGGAACUUCUGUGCAUCCAGCCCCAGUUUUAGCUACAAUGGACACUUCACAUUCUGUUGAAACUGAAUAAUUCAGUUGAUGGCCUAAAUAUGGCAGAGAGAGUUGAUAUUAAUCUCAUAUGUACCAUAAUUGUAGUAAAUAAUUAUCUGUUACUGCUUUAUACCAUUAACAUGCAUUCCAUGUCAUCUUAAAGUAAGCUACCAUCAUCAUUCUUUCAUGGACAGAUCCUGAAACAUGUUACAGUAUGUAAGUGAACCGUUGCUGUCAAGUUACCAGUCAAAAUUAGUAGCAGUGUGCCAUGAGAAAGUGAUGUGAUCUAAGUUUGUGUUAAAAGUUCAGAACUAAAGUGUGCUGGAUAUUCCCUUAAAAAAUUAUCCCAUUGAUGUGUGAAAUAGCUAAGGAAGUCAUUUUCUGGAAUGCUGCUGCCCAAAGAUACAGAUGCAUUAACAAAAAUUGCAAUGUAUUUAUGCUUUAAUACUGCAUUAUAUAGUAUUUAGACACGGGAGUUUCAGGAAACCGAUCGGAAACAUGUAACAAAAUUAAGGACUUAAACCAUACUCCCCCCCCCAGCCUUAUUUUAAAGUUUUCAUAUUGAUGGACUAUGAAGAAUUCUCUCUUCUGGGAUGAUGUACCAUGUAGUCUGGAAUAAGAUGGCCAGAAGAUAGCACUCUACGUGUGAUUCAUGAAUAAUCUGGUAUGUCAUUCAGUUGCUGUCUUGACAUUUCAGUUGGUUUAAGUCUUUAAACAAAAUAAUGCUGCUUAUUUUGGAAUUUUUUCUGUUAAUAUUGUACUAGUACCUUUACCAGUUACUUUGUAAUAUUGGUAUGUAUGCCUCUAAUUAAUUGUACUCUAAAACAGUGUCCAUUGUUACCACUCCUAGGAAAUUGUAGUUCUAUCUUAACAGAAUUAUGUGCUUUUAUAUGUACAUGAAAACUGCUGACAGAAGAACACAGGUAAAAAGUACUGGGUAUGUGCAAGCUGUCAUGAACACUGAUCAACAAGUCAUUUGCUUGAUAGACUACUGAAAAAGCUGUCCAUGUGUAUAUUUGUUCUUUAAAUCAUCAUGAAUGCUGCAUGGUGGAUAACUGUAAUGAUAUUUAUAAUCUGCUUCACAAAUUAUUGUAUUUAAUUUUGUACUAUGCUAGAGAAGAUAAUAUAGGUUCAUUGGUUGGGUUAAGAGUAGGCAGUAUUGUCCAUAUAAAUUGCAAGUGAUAUUCUUUUCAACUGCAUAUUAAACUUUUUUCAUGAAUAUUUUUGUACAUAAAUUUACAAGACCCUUCAGAUCAUUCAUCAGCUUCAGAUUGUUAGUACCUAGUUCAAACAGGGUAAAAUUAAAAUGUUGGAAUGACCAACACACGGAUGUUUGAACAGGAAUGUCCACCUUAGAAAGUGUUAAUAGUGUAAAUACUUGAUUUUAACUGCAAAGAAUAAAAAUAUGACUACAGAUUAUAGAGAUACUGUUUUAGGGUUAUGUGUAAUGUAUUAAAUCGAAUCUUAUAAAAUUAAAGCACACUAAGGCUGUUCCAGUAGAAAACCAUUAGGCACAGCAAGCACCACUGUACUAUCAACAAGUUGCAGUGGAAUGCUGUGCUUGAAGUUCUUCCUAGCUGUACAGCUAUGUGACCGUAUGUGA